UAGAAGCACGAGUUUUAAUUGUUUAUGCUUAUUGUCCAGUUGGGUCUUUCCUGUUAUAGUGCACUCAGAAGAAUGAAUUAAGUUUUAAAAGCUUUUUGAAUUAAAACUAUUUAUCUUGUAAUGAUGUGGACAAAGAUACUUUUGUCAUUCGUCACGGCGAUACUUUUAGUGGAGAUCGUUUCUUCAUUCCAAAGUUCAAAUAAUAUCUCGUAUAGAAGUGUUUUAAAUCGAAGACGACGAAAUACAUUAAAAUGUAUAUUACCUUCCCAACCUGAGAACGGUGAAUAUAAAGUCACCGGUGGUAAUGUAAUUAAUGGUAGAGCCAUGGUUUUGAAUCUGCAAUACACAUGUAAACCGACAUACGCACUGGUUGGUGAUGGGAGUGCGUUUUGUUACGACGGUGAAUGGACUCCAGUGGAAUUACCGAAAUGCGUUCGUGAGUAA